AUGGCGUCAGUGAUUGGCCGGAAAGCCGUGCAAGGCAUUGCUGCAGGGAUUGGUCUUGUCUCUGAAGUCCGAUCGGCUCAUAAAGCAAAGAAGCAGAACCACCAAGGACAAACAGGCGAAGAAGCAGACUUUCAAACCGAAAGGAGACUCGAUGACGAGCAAGAACGGCACGACGAGCCUCCAUUGUAUUCGGUGGACGGCGAGGGAGCGAUUUGCCCGGGGAGCGCGGCCACUGCAUCUCUAGAGGAGCAAUGGGCACUUGAUGAGGCACAGGAAGAGCUACUGCACUCCACGAAAGGCCAUCUCGUCGCCUCGGAGAGUAAGAAAUCUCAGGACCGCAUUGAUGAAGCCGGUCUUGCCCAUAGAUUCGCGUCAGCAUAUCCUGCACCACCGCCAUAUUCACUCAUCCAAGAUGCGCCCCUCCCCCAGCUACCUGCGCCCGUUGUGCUGCCGCAGCGCAGACCCAAGAAUCGCGAACGCGGCUUCAUCCGUGCGUAUGCACCCGUUUUGAAUGACUGCGGCAUCGACCAGGACAUGUUCAUCGACUUCCUCAAUACCGCGGAGAAGGCCUGUCAAGCCUCCCCCUGGCUGAAUGCGAUCAACUUGGCUUCGAUUGGAACCAUGUGGCUGCCAUCGAUCACUGGAAUUGCCGUUUCCAUCGCCAUUCAGAUUGCCACCGAUGUUGCGAUUGCCGUCGAAGGCCGUCGAAAGACCAAUACCUUUUUUAACAAGAUCAACAAAGAGUUUUUUCAGCCCCGAGGCCUCUACUGCCUGAUCAUGACCUGGAAUCCAGAAUUGCCAGAUGCCCCAUCGACUACCAUCGACCUCAACUCGCUCCUUUCCAAAGCUGCGGGUGGUGGGGGCUCUGACAUGCUGGGCCGCCUUCGCCAUAGGUUCAAAUCCUCGGAUGGGGAAGCCUAUGGUAAUAUCUUCCCGGAGGUGGCCCCGCUGAUCUUCCCUGAGAUUGAUCAGUUAGCAUCCGACCAAGACGCGGAGAAGAAGCUGGCCAAGAUGAAGAAGAAAAAGGAGUUCGUGGCUGGCUAUAUGGACAAGAGAGCCCAAGCUAGAUUUGCCGCCAAAAACCCCGAUAGUUAUUUGAGCCAAGGUCCCAAACCGACCUUUACCUCCCGAUACGCCGACCCCAAUCAUCCGGCAAGCAGCGGCGACCCUCUCGCUCUGGUCACAGGCGGCCAUUUCACCAUGGGCAAGCUGAACAGUAUGAACGGCCGAGGCUCACGGGAGGCACUAGAUCCAUACUCAGCACGCCGAGAUCUGGGUUCAAAUCCACCAGCUCCUCAUCAACGGCCGUUUGGCCUGUUUGAUGCCAUCAGUACCAUUCGAGAUCUACGCAAACCCCAAAACAGUGCUUCGCUGGGCGGCUCUGGCGUGGAUACGGGUGGCAGGGGAUUGGACCGAAUCGCUUCGCGCCGCGCGGAAAAAGACAACAUUGGACCUUUAACACCCCUUGCAAAAUUGUUGAAGAAGAAAGUCUUAUAUUUGGCGAUUGUGAACAUGCCCUCGGAGGAUGAAAUGAGUCGGGCCCGCGAGGCCUUGGGACAGGCGCCAUGA